AUGUCUGAUUGGCACAAUAUUCCAAAUGUCCGAGACACCACGAAAUGGUACAAUGACAAGGGACGCAUGAAGCUCAACUUCUUUCUGAGUAUCAUCUUCGUAGGCAUGAUCCUGAAUGGCUACGACGGAAACAUCAUUGCUGGCCUGCAAGCUUUUGAUGCAUGGCAUGAAGAUCUCGGCAAUCCCGGUGGUGUUGGAAUCGGACUCCUCAACGCCUCGGGUUACAUCUCCGGACUCCUUGUCGGACCAGUCAUCGCUUAUAUCGAUGAGCAUUUUGGUCGAAAAUGGGGUAUUCGAUUCUACGGUUAUUGUCUGCUCAUCGGCUCCAUCAUCGGUUGCGUUGCCGGUGUCAAAGGCAUCAAUGGAUAUGCAGCCUUUAUCUGUGGAAGAGUUGUCAUCGGCUUUGGGCUGGCUUCUUUCCUGCUUACGUCCCUCGCCGUGGUGCAAGAGAUCCCUCAUCCGCGAUCACGUUCGGUCAUCGCGCAGUCCUGGGACUCAUACUACAUCAUUGGUUCUACGAUUGCCGCUUGGGUCAUCUUCGGCACGAGUUAUAUCAGUAACUCUUGGUCAUGGCGGAUCCCUUACAUUCUCCAAGUCCCUAUGGCCCUCUACUGUCUAAUCGCCGUUCAAUUCGUCCCAGAGACCCCUCGUUUCCUCAUUUCCAAAGGAAGAGACGAGGAGGCUCUCCAGUUCUUGGCCGACUAUCACGGCAAUGGCAAUUACGAUGAUCCCCUUGUCCUUUUCGAGUUCAACGAGAUUCGGGAAGCCAUCAACCAAGAAAAGGCUGCAAAAGCCGAACAGUGGACUCAGAUCUUGAAGAGCCGAUCAAACCUGCACCGACUGUUCCUUGCUGUUCUCAUGAUGUUUUUGACCAAUAUGUCUGGCUCUUCAAUCAUCUACUUCUACUACACCAUCGUGUUCGAGUCUGUCGGCAUUACGAACCCUACGACCCAGACUGGUAUCAACGCCGGCCUCAACGUUUUCACCUGGAUUUGCCAGAUAGCUUUCGUUUACGUUGGCAAGCAUGUAGGCAGACGCCCGAUCCUACUCUGGCUCUGGCCUUGCCUUUUGGUCGCGCUUGCCGGUCUUUGCGCCUCGAGCGGUGUAUACAGCAAUAGCGCCGAUGGCAACACACAUGCUGCUGUAGCUACGGUCGUCCUCGUGUGGCUGUAUCAAGGAGCUUUCAACUGCUCGAACCCUGUUCUGUAUUCAUACCCCGCAGAAGUGCAGACCUUUUCGAUGCGGUCCAAGGGUCUUUUGGUCUGGAACACGGUCUCACAAUUCACUGGCGCCUAUGUCGUCUUCGUCGACGCUGUGGCUCUCGACUCCAUUGGAUACAAGUACUACCCUGUCUACAUGGGUCUCGUUAUCAUUCAAUGGGUCCUUGUCUACCUUUACAUGGUGGAAACCAAGGGUUACACUUUGGAGGAAAUAGCUCAAGCCUUCGAGGGAUCCACGGUCAACCUCGUACCGGCGGAAGCUUACAUUCCCGCGGACUAUGAGGCACAGCCUGGAAAUGCUGCAGUCGAUGACAAGAAAUAA